GGCGAAUACAAAAAUUAAAAAUUAAUUUUAUGUAGGAACAUUUAUCAAGAUAAUCUCUGCCUGAAGAAGAAACAGAGAUUAUAAUAUAUACAGCUUAAAAAAUCGCCGAACAAUAUGCUCAACAAAAGCAUUAUCAUAAUUGAGGAGAGCCUAUAUCUGAUAUCCUUUGCAGCCACAAAUGUAAGCAAAUUAUGAAGAAGGGACUUUUUGCUUUGCCAUUCUUUUAAGUGGACGUCAUUAAAGUCAUUAACAAUUAUAACAAAAUUCAACUUUACCCCCAAAGCCACAACCUGUGUAAAAAUAUAAGGGAUAUGGACGAAAUUGCUGGUAAAUUUCUGGCAGGAUGCUGUUAAUUGUGGAAUUGUCAUUUGUGGAAAUAAAAACGCCUCAAAACAAAAGAAAAAUAUGAAAUGAAAUAAACUUCAAGUAAAAGACGGAAAAAAAAACCUAAGAAGUUUCAUUAAUAAAAUCAAAAUGGAUAAAACAAUUUUUUUAAUUUAUGCAAUUUUUUGCAUAACGAGUCAAUUAAAUGCUCAACAGCAUUACCGCAACAAAACGGCAACGAUGGCGGUGACAACAAAUGGAGUUUUAACAACGUCAGUGUCUUCCUCGCAGCAGCAGCAGCUACUACAACAACCAAUUCCACACUCCCAGCCCCUGAUGAUGAAUGAAUCUAUAAUUCCAAUUGCCGAGGCGGUGGCUGCUGUGAAGCCCUUAAUUCAAACCAAAAGUAACAGCAACACAAACAACAAUAACAAUAACAACAACAUCAAUGUUAUUAACAAUUACAAUGUAAUGCAACGCAACCACCAGAGUCGCAACCACAACUACAACCGCAACAACAUGAACAGCAACACCAACAACAACAAUAAGGAUGCGGAUAAUAUUGUUAUUGGAUUUCUAGCCGAAUACUCUCAAAUGCGGGUAACCCUAGGUGGUCUACCACUCGCUGUGGAGGAUAUUAAUAAGGAUCCCACCCUAUUGCCGGGUAAACGUCUAACAUUUAAAGCCUACGACAUAGGCCACAAGACAAGCGAUUAUCGUGUACAACCAAUUAGAAUUAUGACACAAAUGAAAAACGAUAAUAUUGCUGCCUUUAUUGGACCAGAUGAGAGUUGUACCACCGAGGCUUUGCUGGCUGCGGCUUGGAAUAUUCCAAUGAUCUCGUUCAAAUGUGCCGACUCGACAGUGUCCAGCAAGGAUACAUUUCAUACAUUUGCCAGGACCUUGGCACCGGCUUCAAAGGUCUCCAAAAGCGUUAUUAGUCUGCUGAGUGCAUUUCAUUGGCAAAAAUUUGCAAUCGUGGUCAGUUCAAAGCCCGUCUGGGGUGGUGGUGUAGCAACGGCCAUACAGGAAUUGGCAGAAAGUGAGAAUUUCACCAUCACCCACUUUCGUGAGAUAUCCGAUUACGUGCCAAUCGAUAACACUUUAAUCAAAAUGCAGAAAAUCAUCGAUGAAACCUAUACAACAACACGCAUUUAUGUUUUCAUUGGCGAACACAUAGCCAUGGUGGAUUUUGUGCGCUGUAUGCAGAAUCGCAAACUCCUGGAGGAUGGCGACUAUAUCAUUAUAUCGGUUGACGAUGAAAUCUAUGAUUCGAAACGGCGUGUCAACAUCAUGGAACGUAACUACUUGGAUCCUUACAUCAAGAAAGAGAAAAGCAAGUCCUUGGACAAGAACUCCUUUCGUUCGGUGAUAAAAAUUAGCAUGUCAUAUCCACAAAAUCCCGACAUACGUGAAAAAUGUACGAAAAUCAAGGAAUAUUCACGUAAACAUCCGUUUUUAGUACCCUACCAUGAACGUGUCUUUGACAAUAUUUCGGUACCCAUUUAUGCUCUGCAUUUAUACGACAGUGUGCAGAUAUAUGCCAGAGCUUUGACGGAUGUCCUCCAGAUGGGCGGCGAUAUUUACGAUGGGCGCCAGGUGAUGAGCCGCAUCUUUAAUCGUUCCUAUCAUUCGAUCCAAGGAUUUGAUGUACACAUCGACAUGAACGGCGAUGCCGAGGGAAAUUAUUCGGUAAUCUCUUUGCAAAGUGAUUCGAAUGGCUUGAACAAGGCCAAUUCCCUGGCGAAGAUGUCCAUGCAGCCAGUUGGUUACUUCGUCUUCAAUAAACAAUCAAUCAUUCCGGAAUUUCGUUACGUCAAACCAGAUCGUCCCAUCCAAUGGCUGAAAGGACGUCCACCAUUGUGCGAACCGCUGUGCGGUUUCCAUGGCGAGCUAUGCCCCAAGCGACGACUCGAUUGGCGCUAUAUGACCUCGGGUUCAUUUUUCGGAUUAUUUGUUGUCAUUGCUGCCGUAUUCCUAAUUAAGCACUAUCGCUACGAGCAGACCCUAGCCGGGCUACUGUGGAAAAUCGAUAUGAAGGAUGUAACAAUUAUCAAUAUGGAAAAUGCAAAUGACUACAACAAUACACUGAAGAAUAAAAAUAUUUACCAAAUAUGCCGACAAAGUAUUUUAACAGGAGGUGAUACAAAUAAAAAGGCCUUUACAAACAUAGGUUUAUAUCGUGGCAACAUUGUGGCCAUGAAAAGAGUUUAUAAGAAAACUGUAGAUAUAACACGUUCCAUUCGUAAGGAAUUAAAACAAAUGCGAGAGCUUCGACAUGAAAAUAUUAUCAAUUUUAUUGGAGUCUCCAUCGAUCAUGGAAAUGUCAUAAUUUUCACAACCUAUUGCGCCCGUGGCAGCCUCGAAGAUGUGCUGGCCAAUGAAGAUUUGCAUUUGGAUCACAUGUUCAUAUCGUCGCUGGUCAGUGACAUACUGAAGGGUAUGAUUGCCCUUCACGACUCCGAGAUUAUCUCGCAUGGCAAUUUGAGAUCGAGCAAUUGUCUCAUUGACUCCCGAUGGGUGUGUCAAAUCUCCGAUUUUGGUCUACAUGAAUUCAAAUAUGGUCAAGAGGAACCCCACAAAAGAGACUUGGAAUUAAAACGUGCCUUGUGGAAAGCUCCUGAACUCUUAAGAGAUCCAUCGCCACCAGCUCGUGGCACCCAAAAAGGCGAUGUCUACGCAUUCGGCAUUGUCUUAUACGAGAUUAUUGGUCGUAAAGGACCUUGGGGCAGCACAACCUACUCGCAUGAGGAAAUUAUUGCAUAUGUGAAGAAACCCGAACUUUUACACCAUGGAAUAUUCCGUCCAUCUCUAUCACAACUCGAUAUACCCGAAUAUGUGCGACAAUGUUUACGUUCGUGUUGGGAGGAAGAUCCCGAAAUGCGGCCCGAUAUACGCUUGGUUCGAAUGAAGUUAAAGGAACUGCAAGCUGGACUAAAACCAAAUAUUUUUGAUAAUAUGCUGUCAAUUAUGGAAAAAUAUGCAUACAAUUUGGAAGGAUUGGUACAGGAGCGCACCACCCAACUAUAUGAAGAGAAGAAAAAAACCGAUAUGCUGCUAAAUCAAAUGCUGCCAAGAUCUGUGGCAGAAUCCUUGAAACGAGGCGAACCCGUUGAGGCCGAGUGUUUUGACUGUGUGACAAUACUUUUCAGUGACAUUGUGGGCUUCACUGAGCUCUGCAGUACCAGCACACCAUUCGAGGUGGUGGAGAUGUUGAAUGAUUUAUACACGUGUUGCGACUCGAUUAUAUCCAACUAUGAUGUUUAUAAGGUGGAAACAAUCGGUGAUGCGUACAUGGUGGUGUCGGGACUGCCUUUGAGAAAUGGCAAACGUCAUGUGGGCGAAAUUGCGUCGUUAGCUUUACACCUCCUGCAAAGUGUGGCAAAUUUGAAAAUUCCCCAUAAGCCCAAUGAAACGUUACAGCUACGAAUUGGAGUGCAUUCGGGACCGUGUGCAGCUGGUGUUGUCGGUUUAAAGAUGCCACGUUAUUGUCUUUUUGGUGAUACGGUUAAUACAGCAUCACGGAUGGAGAGUUCCGGUGAGGCAAUGAAAAUUCACAUAUCCGAGGAAACGUAUCGUUUAUUGGAAAAUGUCGGUGGCUAUCAUUGUGUGGAGCGAGGACUUAUUAACAUCAAGGGCAAAGGUGACAUGCGCACCUAUUGGCUGCUCAACAAAUUGGAAGAACAUCAUUCGCAAGUUCCUGCCUUAACGUGCAACGAUGCCACACCGGAUCUGAUAAGUAACGUUGAUCCCGACAGCAGUACAACGAAUAGUACAAAUACCCUACAUCCGAUGUUCCACAAUUCACACUAUAUGAAACACCUACCCUACGGGCUGUCAAUGAACCCGCAACAACAACAACAGCCGCAACGACUGCGUUAUGUGAAAAAUUCCUAUUGUAAUUGUGCCACCAAAUGCAUCUACAACCGUCGUUCGGAUGACAAUGUCAACGCUGCCGAACUGCCGACCAUUGCCCGCAAGAAUCACGAGAAUGUCUGUAACAACACCCACCUGUGUGUGUGUCGCCUUAAUAGCAGUAUUCUGCACACGACCAAUAACCAAAGGGGACCACGUUCGGCGCCCGUUAUUACAUUUCGUUUGUGAAGUAAAUCUCAACUUGCAUUACGACCUACUACUACUACUACUCCGACCACUACUACUACUACUACUCGACAACAAAUACCAGUUAUAUUUUAUCUUGUUCUAGUCCAAUCUAUCGGAGACUAUCCCAGCUGUUGUACAUGCAUAUGUAUAAGUCAUUGUAAUCUAUGUCUAUGUGUCUGUGUCAUUUUGUUCCAUUACAUCUGUCUGUCUUUCGAUCUGUGCAAGUCAAUAAGUCUGUGACGGGAUUACAGAUACUUGGAAUGUGAUAUGUUGCAAUCAAUGUUUGUGGAUGAGUUUGUGUGUGUGUGUGGAUAAGAGUAAAAUGAGAUUGGAAGGAAUUUAUAAGGAGCGGGUUGUAAAUGAGUAAAAGGAGAAUGUAAUCGAUGUAAGGAGGGUAAAGAAUGUGUAGGAAUGUCAUGUAUUUAAAGAAGAACUUCAUAUUAUCUCCUCCAAAGGCGUUUUGAGUGUAGAAAAUCUCCAGGGGUCUUCUGAGUGAAAAAAUACCUUCUGGAGGUUUUCUCGAAAUCGAAAACCUUCCGGAGGACUUCUAAAAACAGAAGACCUGGAUGUGUAUAGAGGACCUCCAGAACGUAUUUUGUAUAGAAAAGAGAUUUUCUGAGACCUCCAAAAGGACUAUAUAUAUAUAUAUAUGGGUCCUCUGUAUACAGAAGACAACUACAAGGUCUUCUGUUUAUAGAAGACCCACAGAAGAUCAAAAAUACCUUUUGAGGUUCUUCUGUGUAUAGAUGACCUCUAGAAGGUAUAAAAGACCACCAAAAGGUCUUCUGCAUAUAAAAGACCACAAGGUAUUUUCUCUAUAGAAGACCUCUUGAGGUCUUCUGCAUAUAGAAGUUCUCCAGACACAGAACGUCCUCUGUGUCUUCUCUGUAUAGAAAACCUCUAGAGGUCUUCUGCAUAUAGAAGUCCUACAGAAGGUCCUCUGUGUAUAAAAGACCGCCACAACGUCCUCUGUGUAUAGAAGACCUCCAAAAGGUCUUCUGUUUAUAAAAGACCUCCAAAAGUUUUUCUGUGUAUAGAAGACGCCCAAAGAUCUUUUGAGUCAAAAAGACUUUCAGAAGGUUUUCCGUGUAUAGAAGACCUCCAGAAGGCCUCUGCGCAUAAAAAAUCUCCGGAAGGUCUUCUGUUUAUAGAAUUUUUUUUUUUUUUUUGAAUCAAAAAAACUUCCAGAAAGUUUUCCCUGUAUAAAAGACCUCCAGAAGAUCUUCUCUAUAUAUAAAAGACUUCCUGAAGUUGUUUUGUAUAUAGAAUACCUUCUGAAGUUCUUUUGUGCAUAGAAAACCUCCAAAGAGUUUUCUGUGUUUAAUGACCUCUAGAGGAUCCCCUGUGCACAGUAGACUGCCAAAAGUUUUUCCAUGUAUAAAUAACCUCCUCAAGGUCUUCUCAUUAUAGAAAACCGGCAAAAGGUCUUCUACGUCUAGAAGACCUCUAGAAGAUUUUCUAGCUGUACAAGACUAUCUGAUAGCCUCCUAUUAAUAUUCUCCCCUCGCUAUAUCAUUUAAAUAUUGCAAUCCGAUUACUUAAUCGUUCAUGCCAAUAAGUAUGAGUGUCACUGAAAAUCGUUUUAAGGUACUAUUAACUCAUUCACUUUAAAUCGUCGAAGAGAACUAAGUAUCGAAUUAGCAUAAUAUUUAUUGGCAAUCAUGCAUAGUAAUUGUGCAAAUAAAUAAAACCCUAAGGGGUCCCAAUCACUGUAGCAUAUCACUCCGAACUGUAAUCUACCUGUUACAGCAACAAUGAUAACAACAGCAAAAACAAAAAUCUAUCCCUAAUAUGUCAACCAUACAUUUCAAAUUCUUAUUAAUGUCCUUGUUUUCUGUAUGUUCUCUAUAUAAGUCAGUAUAAAUGUGCGUGUGAGUGUUUUUUUGAUGAAUGAGCGUGUGAAUGUAAAUUGUCUACGUGUAAUUGUUCAUACGUGUGUGUUUAAGUUUUUUGUUUUGUAUUUUGUGUCUGUGUGCGUGUCCUUUAAAAAAUAAAAAAAUUGUCUUUUUGAAAUCGUCCUGUAUGUCUAGAUUUAAGAAUAUAUAAAUAAAAAACAAAACGUAUGUACAUGGGUGUGAAUCUGUGGGUGAUGAGUCAAUAAAAAAAUGUGUGAGAGAGAGGGAGAGUGGGCGUGUGAUUGUGUGCGUUUUGAACGAUUUAAAUAUGGUUGUGAUAUUUAAUGUUCAAAUUAACUGUUAUGUUUUGUUGCUUUUAACACAAUUAUUUUUACAUCAAUAGAUAGAAAUCAACAACAAGCGAUGAGAACAAAUAAAACGAAAUAAAUUAAAAAGAUCUCGACGACAGUAUCAAGCUAUACAAUACCAUACACCACUACUACAAAAAAGAAAAAAAAAUAAGCGAGGCAUGAAAACAUUUAAACACAAUUUAAUGACAAGAUUAUUUUAUAGUUUAAAGUUAA